AAAUUUCAAAAGUAGCUACAAAAUGACGCUGCGCAUAACGGCCAAAUCCCAAUAUCAUCGUCAACAAAUUAUUUAUGGCUUUGUGUUGCUCCUGACAAUAGCCACAACGCCGUAUAUCCAAGCCGGACGCAUAUUUGACGUCACAAAUCUGGACUACGUUAAGGUAAAUGCCGAGGCUGGCAAAAACGUGACCAUACCCUGUCCGGGUGUUAACGAGCAUUCGCUGGUGGACACCCUGGUCUGGAAAACAGCAUCGACGACAAUCGCCCAGUUUGCCAAUCGCAUUCCAUUGCUGCAUAGUCCUAGGAUACAACUUUUGUCGGAUAAUUUUGGUUUGCAAUUCUCACCAUCAUUGGCGAGUGAUACCUCGGAGUAUAUAUGCCUAGUGAACGAUCGUCAUAUACCCGAAGCAAUUGUCGAUCUGCUUGUACAGGAUGUGCCUGAUCCACCGGAGCGUCCAUUGUUGAUAAGUUUCACAUCACGCUCGGUCAACUUAUCCUGGGCGCAUUCGCAGCAUCCACGAAAUGCGCCUGUCACGCAUUUCAUUAUUGAAACGCGUGAGGGCGAGGAUGGCAUUUGGGAUCAAUUGGCUCGCAUUUAUACCAAAACGAAUGCCACAUCAUAUCAGGUGACUGGUCUGACGCCCUUCACCGUCUACAGCUUUCGUUUGCUGGCCGUUAACAAGCUAGGCAUCAGUCCGCCGUCCAAGGAGUCUUACUACAUUGUGACUUUGCGCGAAGCUCCCACAGGGAAACCUAUACCAACCACAGCCCAUAAUACAUCCUCGACAUCGGUUUAUAUCUCAUGGAAGCCACCGCCGCCCGAUACCAUAUUGGGUGAAUUUCUUGGCUAUCGCAUUACAUAUCGACCACGCGAUCGCGAUCCAAAUGACACCAAGGAAAUCUAUAUACGCGACAAUACAGUGGAGAGUCAUGAAAUACAAAACCUACAAACUUACACACAAUAUAAAGUCACUGUACAGGUUUUUAAUCCAGAAGGCCUGGGCCCAGAGACAACCAUACUGGUGAUGACAGAUGAAGGAGUGCCAAGCAAACCUCAGAAUCUCACCGUACUGGAUGUAUCGGCCAAUAGCAUAACCAUGUCCUGGCAUCCACCAAAGAAUCAAAAUGGCGCCAUCGCUGGAUAUCAUGUCUUUCACAUACACGACAAUCAAACUGGUGUUGAGAUUGUCAAGAACUCACGGAACUCGGUUGAGACAUUGAUUCAUUUCGAGUUACAAAAUCUGAGACCCUUUACCGACUACCGUGUGAUUGUGAAAGCGUUUACCACCAAGAACGAGGGGGAACCAUCCGAUCAGAUUGUCCAACGCACCGAUGUGGGUGGACCCAGUUCGCCGGCGAUUGUCAAUCUGACAUGUCAUUCGCAGGAGUCGAUUACGAUACGCUGGAGGCGACCAUAUGAAUUCUACAACACCAUUGACUUUUAUAUCAUAAAAACGCGUCUGGCCGGCCAGGACACACAUCGCGAUAUACGCAUCAAUGCAUCGGCCAAGGAGCUGGAAACGGCGAUGAUAUUACAAAAUCUAACAACAAAUUCAUACUACGAGGUCAAAGUGGCAGCAGCAACAUUCAGUGUUAUAAAUCCUAAGAAAAUUGUCUUGGGUAAAUUUUCAGAGUCAAGAAUUAUUCAACUACAACCGAACUGCGAGAAGCUGCAACCUUUACUACGUCAAUCGCAUAACGAUUACAAUCUGGCCGUCCUGGUGGGCAUCAUCUUCAGCUGCUUUGGCAUAAUCCUCAUAGUCAUGGCCUUCUUCCUGUGGAGCAGAAAGUGUUUCCAUGCUGCUUACUAUUAUCUGGAUGAUCCACCGCAUCAUCCAAAUGCCCCACAAGUGGACUGGGAGGUGCCUGUGAAAAUUGGUGAUGAGAUACGUGCCGCUGUGCCGGUGAAUGAGUUUGCCAAGCAUGUGGCAUCGCUUCAUGCGGAUGGAGACAUAGGAUUCAGUCGGGAAUAUGAGGCCAUACAGAAUGAAUGCAUUAGCGAUGAUCUGCCAUGUGAGCACUCCCAGCAUCCGGAGAAUAAGCGCAAGAAUCGUUAUCUCAAUAUCACAGCCUAUGAUCACAGUCGCGUUCAUUUGCAUCCGACUCCGGGACAGAAGAAGAAUCUGGAUUAUAUUAAUGCCAAUUUCAUUGAUGGCUAUCAGAAAUCGCAUGCAUUUAUUGGUACGCAAGGACCAUUGCCAGAUACUUUCGAUUGCUUCUGGCGCAUGAUCUGGGAGCAGCGUGUGGCCAUUAUUGUGAUGAUCACCAAUCUUGUGGAGCGUGGACGACGCAAAUGUGACAUGUAUUGGCCCAAAGAUGGUGUGGAAACGUAUGGUGUUAUACAAGUCAAAUUGGUCGAAGAGGAGGUCAUGUCCACCUAUACGGUUCGCACCCUGCACAUUAAGCACUUAAAGUUGAAGAAGAAGAAGCAGGCAAAUAUGGAGAAGAUUGUCUAUCAAUAUCACUAUACCAAUUGGCCAGAUCAUGGCACACCAGAUCAUCCGUUGCCCGUGUUGAAUUUCGUUAAAAAAUCCUCGGCAGCCAAUCCAGCCGAAGCUGGUCCCAUUGUUGUGCAUUGCAGCGCUGGUGUUGGUCGAACUGGAACCUAUAUUGUCCUGGAUGCCAUGCUCAAGCAGAUACAACAGAAAUCGAUUGUCAAUGUUUUUGGUUUCCUGCGUCAUAUUCGGGCUCAGCGAAAUUUCCUGGUCCAGACCGAGGAGCAAUAUAUAUUUUUGCAUGAUGCUUUGGUCGAGGCAAUUGCCUCGGGUGAGACCAAUCUGAUGAGCGAGCAAGUCCAGGAGCUAAAGAAUAGCACUCCUUAUCUGGAGCAACAGUAUAAGAAUAUCAUACAGUUCCAACCCAAGGAUAUACACAUUGCCUCGGCCAUGAAGCAGGUGAACUCGAUUAAGAAUCGCGGUGCCAUCUUUCCCAUCGAAGGAAGUCGUGUGCAUUUGACACCCAAGCCGGGUGAGGACGGCAGUGAUUAUAUCAAUGCCUCAUGGCUGCAUGGUUUUCGUCGAUUGCGUGACUUUAUUGUCACACAGCAUCCCAUGACGCACACAAUCAAGGAUUUCUGGCAAAUGGUGUGGGACCACAAUGCCCAGACAGUGGUGUUGCUCUCCUCGCUGGAUGAGAUUAACUUUGCACAAUUCUGGCCCGACGAGGCCACGCCCAUUGAGAGCGAUCACUAUCGUGUGAAAUACUUGAACAAGAUGAACAAGAGCGACUAUGUGAGUCGUGACUUUGUCAUUCAGUCCAUACAGGAUGAUUAUGAGCUCACUGUGAAAAUGCUGCAUUGCCCCAGCUGGCCAGAGAUGACCAAUCCAAAUAGCAUCUACGAUUUUAUAGUCGAUGUCCAUGAGCGUUGCCAAGAUUAUCGCAAUGGACCAAUUGUCAUUGUCGACAGAUAUGGAGGUGCCCAGGCGUGUACCUUCUGUGCAAUUUCAUCGCUGGCCAUUGAGAUGGAAUAUGGCAAUACAGCGAAUAUAUAUCAAUUUGCCAAGUUAUAUCAUAAUAAACGGCCUGGGGUAUGGACCUCAAGUGAGGAUAUACGUGUUAUCUAUAAUAUCCUAUCAUUUUUGCCUGAAAAUUUGAGUUUGCUAAAGCGCACGGCGCUACGAACUGAAUUUGAGGAUGUGACAACGGCCACGCCGGAUCUCUAUAGCAAAAUAUGCAGUAAUGGUAAUGUUCCACAACAGCUACAACAACAGCAACUGCUUUUGCUACAACAGCAACAGAAGCUGCAACUACAAUUACAGUCGCAAGAACAAGCACAGACAGCUACAACAACAAAAACAACUACAACUCCAACUCCAAAUACUAAUUCAAUCCUUAUGCCCAUUUCAUCACCUACAGUUGAUCCAUCACCCAUCAUCACAUCCAAUACCACAAUACCACAACCACCACCACCAACAGCAACAACAACACCUCAAACAAUCACUGGGAUAAGCAAUAGCCCGUUACCAACACCAAUUUCCAAUCAAUCAUCAUCAUCAAUAACUACAACAACAACAACAACAAACACACCAUCCAUGUCUAAUCUAACACAUACUAAUGAAAAUUUUAAUACCAUUACUAAUAAUGCUGCCGAUGUGCCAUCACUCGAUAACAAUGAUAUUGAUGAUCGACAACAACAAAUGCUGGCAUUGAUACAACAACAAACCCAAUUGCAACAACAAUACAAUACACACCAUUACCAACAACAACAACAACAUGAAUUGGAAAAUGGCAACAACGAACUGCAAAAUGUGCUCAAUGCUGCUGCAACAACAACAACUCCGAUUGCAACACCAAUUGCAACUGCAAUACCAUCAUCGCCAACAACAACAACAACAACAUCACUGGUGAACAACAACACCAACAACAAUAAUGUAGCAGCAACAGAUGCUCAAAACUUAGAUAUUGUAGGCUAAACAAAACAUGGACAAAACAAAACAAAAGAAACAAAUCAUUUUAU